AGGUUGCCUACCCCUGUCUUAAAGGCCAGAAAACAAGAGAGGAACUGUUGCUAAUAGUCCUGAAGAAAGGAAAGAAUUCAGGAAAACGGGGUACUUCUAAUAAAAUUACUGAGGAAAAAUGGAGUACAGGAGACCCCAGGGACCUCUUUGGGGAUAUUGAAUAUGGACACAGGCAUGACAGGUUGUAAAGAUGAGAAAAGAAGUGAAAAAGGUUAGAGUCCUCACAAUUCGCAGACUGACCAGACACAUUGCAAAGCUAAAAUCAAAAAAGGGCACUGAAGAUGCAGUGUUGAAAAACCAUAAACGUGUACAGAGGUUACUAGAAGAAAUUCAUGCCAUGAAGGAAAUAAAACCGGAUCAAGUUACCAAAUUAGCACUUGGGAAAGAAAUUGAUUUUGAAAUUAUCUGCAAAAUGCCCAAUUGUACAGCAAGAGACAGAGCAAUUGCUAGAUUGUCAGCUCACCCACUACUAAAGACAAAAAUUGCUGAUAUUAAAGCUGCUGUAAAAGCCUUUAAAGAUGCAAGACAGAAACCAUCCAGAAUUAUUUCUUCAGAAGAACAUAAAUCAGAAGGGCAGCUUACCAAACAACCUGAGGAGACCCAGCAUUCCAGCAGUAGGGAACAUAACAAAAUACUUAACCAUACUGAAAACCAAGACAAAAUAAAAGUGAAAGAGAAGCCAAGAACUGUCAUGGGAAAGAAACAAAUCAGUGUGUUAGAACAACAGGAAAAGGCAGACAUUGAGCAACAGUGUCCUAUGGAUGAUUCUUCCCUGCAAGAUGGAGAACUUAAUAAAUUAGCUCAUCAAGUUCAAACAGAUAAUACAGUUUGUCCACCAGAAGAGAAAUGUGUGGGUGAUCUCCUGAGUAGGGCAGUUGAAUCUGAUAGUGAUGAAAGUAGAAGUGAGGAGAGUGGAACAGAGAAGGAAUACUUUGAUGACAGCACUGAAGAAAGAUUCUAUAAUCAGUCUUCUGGCUCUGAGGAAAGUGACGGUAAUGAUGAUUUCUUCAUUGGCAAAGUAAAAAGAACUAAAAAGAAGGGAACUGCUGAUAUUUCCUUACCUAGAGAAGAGAAAAAGGUGAUGGUGCUAAAAAAUGCAAAGGACUUGGAGUCUGGCAUGGUGCAGCACACAGACACAAAAGGCAGCACUCGGUGUUCAAAAGCAGGAGCACUAGAAUCUGUCUUUUACUGUUCAUUGUCCAAUUCAAAGAAAUCCAAAAAUGUGAAAAGAAACUCUAGAGACAGUCUUCCCAGAAAUAAAACAACUGCUUUUGAAAAAAAUAAUCCAUGGAAACAGAAGCCCAAAGGUUUAAGUAUACAACAAGAUACCGAGAAAAAACAAUUGGAACAACCCCUUCAUCCUUCGUGGGAGGCAAGCAGAAAACGCCGAGAGCAAGUAUCUCAAAUUACAGCAUUCCAAGGGAAAAAAAUAAUAUUUGAAGACUAAUUUUUUUAAAAAAAAGAAAAGGCUUUUAUUUUUAAAAGCUGACAUUUUAUAUUAAUCUUAUGAUACUAGUAAUAUUGCUAGUUGCCUUGUUUGUAACUGAGUUUAUAAAAUGUCUUAAGCUGCAACAAAGGCUUUGUGGACAAGUCAAUCUCAUUUGUCAGGAAUACAUCCAGUUGGCAUAUUUUUAAAUUGCCUAAUGGAAACUUGCAUGAAAGUCAUACAUUUGAUUAUAAGCUGCCACUUUAUACUGAAAUCAUACCAAAAAGAACAUUUUGAAUGUCUGUUGAUGACCUGAAAAUUGUCUUAUUCGAACAGAAAAAAAUCCAGAGUGAAAAAGCAGAAUCAGAGUUUAUAACUAAGUUCUUACUCUACCCACUGUGGUGUUGAGUUGAGAUUAUGUUGUCAGUAAUCAUGUGUUUAUUUUGCAUUCAUUUUAAACUUCUGUUCAAUUAUUAGAUGUUUUAUAUGUCUUCCAUUUAGCAAGCUACAUACUGUUUUUCCUGUAUAUUCUGAAACAUCCCCACCUCCUCAGCAGCAUUGUAGACCUUCACAGUUGAAUAUGAAGGUAUAAAGAGACCUCUAUAAAUCCAUUUGACUGAGUCCAGUUAUAGUGCUGCCAUGAUGAGGACCUGCUAACACCAAAUUUCCAGGCACAGGAGGAGGUCUAUAAUGACAUGUAGGUGAACGUGAUUACAGAGAUCCAUCUGCCAGGUGCGUGUACACAUUUGGCAGCAAGCCAUUAUGCAUAGAUCCACAUUCACACCACCCAGUUAGGUAUACAGAUGAACAGACGAAUGCCUGGGUAGGGCUAGAAGCAUACUUGCUAACUGAAGAUAACAAUGUAUCCAGUGAAGUUGACAGAAGUCCAUGAAAAUGUAUGGCAUAAUAAAAUUCCUAUUAUUUAAGCUGCUCCUAGACUGGUUUUAACAUUAAAUGUGGUUGCUUUUAUUCAGUUAUUGGUUUUUAGGAUUAAACCUAUAAAUAAACAUAUCCUAAAUGUAGUAUAAGAUCAGUGAUCAGUGCAUUUACAUUUUGCAUUUGAAAGUCUUGUAUGUUGUGUACAGAGUGUUGUUGCAAUAAAUUUGGACAUGUUUAGCGCUAA